GCGAGGCGCGAGCGCGCUGCCAUAGCAACUCAACGGCGGCGGCGGCGGGCCGCCUCGUCCCUUUCGAGAAAGAGCGCGAGGGAGGGCGAGGGGUUUAAAAGCCCCGGCGAGUUCUCUUAGCUUUCUGGUUUUGGACCUAGUACAACCAUGCCUGUUCCAGAUGUUAUGUUCUGUGCGCAGCAGAUCCAUGUUCCUCCUGAACUGCCAGAUAUUAUGAAACAAUUUACCAAGGCUGCUAUCAGGACCCAACCGCGUGAUGUACUUCAGUGGUCUUAUGCGUAUUUCUAUGCUUUGUCAAAUGGAGAACCUCUUCCUGUGAAGGACCGUCUUGAAAGGCCAGUAGCCACACAGAAAAAUGACACUGGUCUGACUCCAGGACUCCUUAAAAUUUUGCAUAAACAGCUCUCUGAAAAGGAAACUGUGGAAAUAUCGGACCUUCAGAGAAAGUGGAAAAACUUGUGCUUGCCAAUGGAACAGCUCCGCAACCUUCUUCGACUGGACAAUUUUGCAGAAGGAGUGGAAUGGAUGAAGUUCUUUGCCCUUGCAUGUAGCGCUCUUGGUGGGUCCUUACUCAGUUCUAUGAAACAUGCCUGUGAAAUUCUUACAAAGGAUCCCGAAGGUGGAGCAGCCCGCAUUCCAUAUGACACUUUUGCAUUUAUCUAUAGCUACUUGGCUAGCUUAGAUGAGGAGAUAACGGAGGAAUCUACUGAGAAAUUCCUCAAGGCUCUUAAAGAACAAGUGUCACGCAAGGAAGAUAUGGUUGGAGUUGCAGAUUUCCGUCCGCUAAAGAAACCUUAAAUCAGGACUGAAGAGAAUGUGGAAUAACAUAACAUUAUCUGACAUAAAGUACAGAUUUUUAAAGUUAAUAAUA